UUUUAAUUUUCUUACUGUUAUUGGUCACACUGUUCCAAUCUCUAAUAUCUAAAGAUUCAAGCUCUAGCUCCUGCAGUAAAAAUUACACCCAGUCUUCUUGGUUCCACUGUUAUGGCUUUGAACUUCCUCGGGCGUCAGAAAAAAAGAUUUAUAAAAUCCAGGAGCCAUCAAAACUAGCAACAAAAAAUAAAUUUUUAAAUCUCAAAAAAAAUUUUUUUAAGCAAAAUCGUCAAUAAUGAGGAGAAGUAAUGGAUUGGAUACAAGUUUAGAUAGAAAACAACAAAUAAAUAAUGAAGGGUAUAAUCAACAACAACAGCUUCAACAGAACGAAUUGAACAAUCCUUCGAGUAGUAAUGAACAAUUAUUGCAGAGUAAUAAUGGAAGUUGUUCUUCGAAUAAUUCGAGUAUAUCCCCAUAUGGAAAUACUAAUAAUGGAAGGGAUUUGACAACAAAAAUAAAUAAUUCUAAUAAUAAUGGAGUAGGAGGAGGGAGGGCAAGUGGUAGAGUAAUGAGAGAAAUUAUUGUUUAA